AUGGAUAUGGUGUCUUAUGCAUACAGAGAUGCAGCGGCACAGACAGUAUCAACAAAAAAAGUUGCCAUUUCACCCUCCGAUGAACUUACCUACCCCUUUGGAGAAUUGGCCGUAGACUUGACCCAAUCGGAGCUCCGGGAAACUGCAUAUGAGAUCCUUGUCGGUGCUUGCCGGAGCUUUAACUCUGGCAAGACAUUGAAAUAUGUUUCCAGCUCCGUUAAAUCGUCUACCUCAUCAUCAUCGUCCAAGGCGGCUAGUAAGGUGAAGAAGGCGCUUGGUUUGAAGAAGAAUUUAGAAUCGGUGAGUGGGAAAAAAGCUUCUACUGUUGGUGUUGCUGAGCUUAUGAGGGUACAAAUGGGGAUUUCAGAGCCAACUGAUACUAGGGUCCGACGAGCCUUCUUGAGAGUUGCUGCUGGACAGCUUGGAAGACGUCUUGAGUCAAUGGUUCUACCACUGGAGCUCUUACAGCAGUUCAAAAUCUCAGAUUUUCCAAAUCCGCAGGAAUAUGAAGUGUGGCAGAGGAGAAACUUGAAGCUACUAGAGGCUGGACUUGUCUUGCAUCCAUGCUUGCCGCUGGAUGAGAUAGAUACACGUCCUAAACAGCUUCAGCAGAUUAUACGUGGGGCUCUGGUGAAACCCAUGGAAACUACGAAGCACAGUGAAUCAAUGCUAGAACUACGAAAUCUUUCCACGUCCCUCGCCUGCAGAUCAUUUGAUGGGUCGAGCCCUGAGAUAUGCCAUUGGGCAGAUGGAACACCAUUGAAUCUCCGACUCUACCAAAUAUUGCUUGAAGCUUGUUUUGAUGUGAAUGAUAAGAUCUCUGUUAUUGAAGAAGUUGAUGAGGUCUUAGAAAUCAUUAAAAAAACUUGGGUUGUUCUUGGUAUAGACCAGAUGUUCCAUAAUAUUUGCUUUUCAUGGGUUUUAUUUCAUCGAUAUGUUGCAACCAGCCAAGUUCAAAAAGAGCUGCUCUUUGCCGCUGAUAAUCUGUUGUCAGAUGUAGCAAAGGAUUCCAAGACAGUAAAACACCCAACUUGCUCUCAGACCUUGAGUUCUCUACUUGGUCUGAUCGUAGGUUGGGCAGAGAAAAGGCUGCUUGUAUAUCAUGAUAGCUUUUACAGGGACAACAUUGAUAGCAUGCAAAGUCUUCUCUCUAUGAGUUUAUCAGCUACGGAAAUUUUGGUCGAACACAGUUCAGGCAACUAUCACAAAAGGAGUAAAGAGGUUGAUGUUGCAUUUAGCAGAGUUGAUAGUUACAUCAGGGCUUCGAUGAUUCGCACCUUCUCUCAGGGAAAAGAGAGGUUGAUAUCAAGCAGAAAAUCGUCUAAACAACAGCAUAAUCCUCUUCCUAUCCUUUCUAUCCUUGCCCAAAAUGUUAGUGAUCUGGCUUUUAAUGAGAAAGAGAUAUAUAGUGCUGUUCUGAAGAGAUGGCACCCUCUUGCAACUGGUGUAGCUGUUGCGACACUUCAUGCUUGCUAUGGAAAUGAGCUGAAGAAGUUUGUUUCCGGGAUAAGUGAGUUGACUCCAGAUGCUGUACAGGUGCUGAUAGCAGCUGACAAGUUGGAGAAAGAUCUUGUACAGAUGGCUGUUGUGGAUGCUGUUGACAGUGAAGAUGGAGGAAAGUCAUUAAUGACAGAGAUGACUCCUUAUGAAGCUGAAGCUGUGAUCGCAAACCUCGUAAAAUCAUGGAUAAGUACUCGAGUGGACAGACUUAAGGAAUGGGUCACCAGGAAUCUGCAACAAGAGAUUUGGAACCCUCGUGCAAAUAAAGAGCGAGUUGCUCCCUCUGGAGUGGAGGUCCUACGCAGUAUUGAUGAGACUUUUGAAGCAUUUUUUUUGUUACCGAUACCUAUGCAUCCAGAUUUGCUUCCAGAAUUAAUGAAUGGUCUUGACAGAUGCCUGCAGAACUACAUAUUGAAGGCUAUAUCUGGCUGUGGAUCUCGAAGUGCCUUUGUUCCGACUAUGCCUGCUUUGACUAGAUGCUCAACUGGGUCAAAGUUCCGUGUGUUCAGGAAGAAAGAGAGAUCUCCUAUGGUUUCGUAUAGGAAAUCUCAAAGUGGGACCACUAAUGGAGAUGAUUCUUUCAGCAUACCUCAGUUGUGUGUCCGUAUAAAUACUUUGCAUUCCAUACGAAAAGAAUUAGAUGUACUUGAGAAAAGGACAAUUUCUCAAUUGAGGGAUAAUACACGUGUUCAUGAUGAUAAUAUUGUUGAUGGGUUGGGCAAAUGUUUUGAGCUGUCAGUAGCUUCUUGUUUGGAAGGGAUCCAGCAGCUUUCUGAAGCAAUUUCAUAUAAAAUCAUCUUCCAUGAGUUGAGGCAUAUCUUCUGGGAUUAUCUAUAUGUAGCAGAUGUUUCAUCAUCCCGGAUUGAACCUUUCCUCCAGGAGCUGGAGAAUAACCUUGAGAUCAUAUCGGCAACAGUUCAUGACAGGGUCCGGACACGUGUUAUCACUAAUGUAAUGAAAGCCUCUUUUGAUGGAUUCUUGUUGAUUUUGUUGGCUGGAGGACCUUGUCGUGCUUUUUCACUUGCUGAUGCUGCAAUUAUAGAUGAAGAUUUAAAGUUCCUAAUGGAUCUAUUCUGGUCUGAUGGGGAUGGGUUACCGACUGACCUUGUAGACAAGUAUUCAGCUACUUUGAAAGGCAUUCUUCCUCUUUUCCAUACUGAUACCGCUAUUCUGAUUGAGCAACUUGAACAUGCCACUGAAGAUAAUUUUGGCACUUCAGUUAAAUCCAGACUUCCCUUGCCUCCUACAUCAGGUAACUGGAGUCCAACUGAGCUCAGCACCAUUAUGCGCGUUCUGUGUUAUCGAAAUGAUAAAAUUGCUUCUAAGUUUCUAAAGAAGAAAUACAACUUGCCAAAGAAACUGUGAUUAUUUUGUACACCAGGUGUAUCUUAGAUUAGGUUGUUCAUAAUAGUUGUGGUGUGAUUAUUUUGUACAGAAUACUUCUGAUUUAUUGAGGCAUAUCAUACGAUUGUUAGCACGUGAAAAGAAGAAAAAAAUUGGUCAGUUUGUAAAGCAAGAUUUUGAGGAUUACUGUAAUGGGUGUGAAAUUAUCACAUGUUGCUACUAAUACAUUACCAGCUCAAUAGA